AUGUCUAACCCGCAAUUGCUUUCUGACCAGCAGAAAAAGAGCUUUCAAACUACGCCUAGAGAUCUACCAUCACCCGAUAGAGACAUGCCAUUAGAAAAUUAUCCAAACUUGGACGCAGACCAGAGCAUUCAUGGUGAUAAUAUUAAUGACUCCGUCGAAAAUAAUAAUGGUUUAUCAGCUCAAAUAAAAGGCGAAGAAAACGAGGAAUACUCUGAAGGUGCAUAUAACGAUGGACUUUCUUCGUCAAGAUUCAUUAUUAGAGAGCAAGAUCGCUGGCUUCCAAUAGCAAAUGUUGCUAGGAUAAUGAAGUCAGCGUUACCUGAUAACGCUAAAAUAUCUAAAGAGGCCAAAGAGUGUAUGCAAGAAUGUGUAUCCGAGUUUAUUUCGUUUGUUACAAGCGAAGCCACGGAGCGGUGUUCGGCUGAGCGAAGGAAAACAGUCAACGGCGAAGAUAUCUUAUUUGCACUCAUGUCUCUAGGUUUUGAAAACUACUCUGAGGUCCUCAAAAUUUAUCUCGCUAAAUACAGACACAGCCAAAAUGGAAAAAAUAUUAAACAAAGGUCUAAUCAAGAUGACAUUCAAGAAGGCGAAGAAGAUGAUGAUGAUUUUGAUAAUGCUGCAAUGGUUUCUUCUUAA